AUGAAGCUUUCCUCGAUUGCCAUUUCCUUCCUUGCGGGAGUGGCUUCUGUUGUGCCCUCGACGGCAGUUUUGUCUGCAAAUGGAGUGGGGGACCACGAAAAUCACGCCGAUUUUCACGCCGAUGCGCACGCUGCUGGACUCGUCCUUCCAGAUGAACCCGACGAUCGUGCCAGUCUCCUUCAAGCCAAGAUGAUGGAACAGCAUGCCGCCUCUUCAGCUGCCAUGGCCAAGGCUGUGGAAGCAUUGAAGACGGAGGACCUUGGCACGCGCAUCCAAGCCUUUGAAGGAGCUGUUGAUGGCAUUGAACUCAUGUUGGAGGAGAUGGAGUCAAUGGAACCGUAUGGCAAUGAUUUCUUUGAUGGAGCUAUUAACAGUUCCAAAAUCCACCUCAAGAAGUUUCUUGAAACUGUCCCUGAAGUCCUUGGAUACAUGCUCAACAGCUUGGAGGAACAGGAGAAGGCCGAUCCCCCUGUUGCCACGAAAAUGAAGAGAACAUUGAAGACGCUCAAUACUGAUGACCCCGACGAUGAUGAGUCCGAACCAAAGCCAAGCGUCACCACUGGCUCCAAGACCACCUUUGGCAAAGGCAGUGGCAAUCCCAAGGACGAGCCAACUUUUUUAGCUCAUCACCGCCGCAAGCUAGCCAAGCUCCGUAAUGCAGAUCACUUUGAGGGCAAUCAUCGCGCUGCCCAUCAGCAUCAACGCAUCACCAAGCUUCAUGACGCUAUUCUCAGUGCUGACCAUGAACACAUUGGCAAGGUUGUUAGGGCCGCAGCAACCAAAGCCGGAAAGUCAAGGGCUGACGGAAGACGCCGUCGUCGGCUGACUGAUGCGGAAGACAAGUCAAAACAGUGUCACCAGCUUACGAUGUGUGCCAAGGAAAUGAGCUUCUACGAUGUCCUGGUUUUCUUUUACAGUGAUGACAUCGACCCAACUACUGGAGAGAUUGAUGACUCAAUCUACCUCUUCAACGAAGCGGACCUUGAGGACAUGUACUCUCGAAUCAUCCUUAAUGCAAAUACCCUUUUCACAGCUUAUGGAGACGAUGAAACUGCGUAUACAGAUGAUAAUGAAUGUGAUUCAUUGCUCCAACUUUUUCACAGGAACGUGGAAUUUGCUGGUGUGCCUUAUUGGGAGGGUGGCAUGGUUUCACAGGUGUGCUUGGCAGAAGGAACUCAUACCUUCCUGAAGCUUGAUGAGAUUGCUCUCAAGAUUGGAUCCUACUAUGCAAGGCAGGUGGCUGCACAAAUGUUUACCUGUGCCCAAGAUCUGUACAACACCGGGUUGUCUUCACAGCCAUUCCCUUUGAGCACAACAGACCUGAUGACAUCUACAAGCAUGGUUGAUGUCACAGAGAGUGGGCUGGCCAUUACCAUCCACAAUUCCGAGCAAGUGCCUUAUGUUGAUAAUUCAGCCAAUGCGAAUGAUGUUGACUUCCUUCCAGAGAACCUUAUUGAUGAUGAGGAUGAUGGUGUCAGCACUGAGUGGAAAUGUUUUGUUGAUGAUAAUGAUGACACAUUAUGUGAUUCGACUCAAAAUAUUUAUUUCAAAUUUGACGGGACCCUCCAACGAAUUGACCAGAUGGAAAUUACUUUCCGCGACGGAGAUUUUCUUCCUGAUUCUUACAAGAUCUUGGCAAGAAAGCAGGGGGAGUGGGGUUGGACAACAGUUUUAAAUAGUCUCUCAGGAACCCACGCUGUCGAUUCAUCACAGCAAGUGAGCGCAAUAAAUGGAGGUGGAGCAUCUGUCACUCUGGGUGUGGAGAAGCACACAAUUCCUCUUGGCUUCAUGCCUACACCACCAGACUACAUCGUUCUGAGGCUCUAUGGAUCCAUCAAAUAUUCGAUUUUCAAUGUUGACUUCUACACAAAACAGUACAGCAACGGUGUCAAUAUCCUUGUUCCUCCCUCGGGAAUUGAGUUGGACAACCGUGAUGAGAAUGGGCAGAUCGAGGAUGUAACACAACCAGUCUUUGAGUAUAAGGGGGACCCCAUGACGGAUCUUGACACGUAUGCGAAUGAACUGCAAAUGGUGUACAAAAAGAUGCACUCAGAAACAACAGAAGAGAACAGAGGUGAUAUAAUGCCCAUGGCCAAGAACUGGGCUGAUACAGAUGGGAGUGUUGGCCAGGGAGCGUUCGCGUACUACCAGGCCGAUGAAGCUAUCAGCUUUUUGACCUUUAUGGUUGAUGGCGAAUUCCCACCUGGAGAUCGCACACAAGUCACUGUUAGGAACAGGCAGGGGAAAAUUAGGAAAGGUUUGAAGGCUCUGAAAAAGGAAAUCAGGACAGGAUUGAAUGAUGCAUAUGGCGAAGGUGGCAGCGAGGAAGAGUACGAUGACAGCUAUGACAGUGUUGCUGAAUGGCUGUUGAACACUAAAGCAGCAUCAUACUAUGAAGCUUUCCAGAGAAUCCAACUUGGUUUUGAUCUUGUCUUCGGUGAAAAAACAUCGGUUGGCUUCCUUUGUGGGAUUAAGGAGGCAGUGGUUGCUGCUCCUGAGAAGUGGCCAGGAUAUUGCUGUUUGAGUGCCCCUUUCCAAAAUGAAGGUGAUGAUUGGGGUCGAAAACAUGACUGUGACACCACCUGUACCUACCCUGGGCCCUUCUUUGCUGGAUUAAGCGACGAUUCUUGCGCUGCCAAUGGUGGAACGUGGUGUGCAGCUGACACUGACUGUUCUGAUCUCCAGAGUUGUGUUCAAACUGAGUAUGACACUGCUGUGGCUGACAAGAAGGGUGCCUAUGCUGAAUAUUUGAAGGGUGGUUUAGUUGGUACAGCCACAGACCCUGAUGAUUGUGGCAGUAGCAGAGAGUACUUUGGCUAUGAUGCUCUCUAUACUCAUGACUUGGAAAUCUGUGACCAAGUCCAGCAACUUCACAAUACGCAAAACUUUGCCUUCUUGGAAGAGUUCUUUGAUCAGGGUUCAGAAGUUGGAAGAGGAGAGGAGUUUGCUGUGGACUGGGAAGCUCUGUCGACACCAGAUCGGGUUCGCUCUGGAUCGUAUGCAGUUAUAGACGGCGAGGCGUGGCAGGCUGCAAACUUCUACAUUUCACAAAUCUUUGCACCUAUUGACACAACUGUUGAGUGUGUUAUGGCCUACAAAUGUCCAGAUGGUCCAUUUGGCGAUACAGUCUGUUGUGUUAUUGUCAAUAGUAUUUAUUUGAUCUUGAAAGUCGCUCUUUCAUUCCUGGAAAUGGCUUUCAAUAUUUCAGAGUUUAUACGGGAAAGUUUGUCAGACCCUUCAAAUGUUGAGCCAAUCCAGGCCUAUGAGAACACUGCUGUGCUCUAUGACAAUAUGGUGGCAACCAAUGAGAAUGUGAAACUUGCUCAUGACAAUUUGAAAAGUGUCAUUGAAACUGAGUGUGGUACUACCAUCAGAGAACGCAACUUGGAGGAAACAGAGGAUGGCGUUGCUGAGGAGCUGGCUUCAUUGCAAAAGCAGAAUGACGGCAUUGCUGCAAAGUUGGACCAGCAGCAGAAGCAGAAUGCUGCCAUGAGUGCCAAAAUGGACCAGCAGCAGAUGCAGAUUGAUGCCGUGAGCGCCAAGUUGGACCAGCAGCAGAAGCAGAAUGAUGCAAUGUUGGAACAGUUCAGCAAAGUCAAUGCUAUUUUGCAGCAGCUCCUUGCCAUGCAUGCUGGCAACCCUCAAGCCUAAGUGAUGAUUGAGUUUUACUCUAGUAGUUCGAAAUAGUUGAAAUAACUUUGGAGAGCUAGGAGAAGCACAUGUAUGG